GCUCUCUUAAGGUUAUUUUAUUUUUGAAUUGCAGUUGUCUUUCCGUUUCAACGCUAGUAAUAGAGACAUUUCAAAUAUCCAUGAUGAGUCAGCAGCAGCAGCAGCCAGUUUGACAGGGUUCACAAAAGAGGAAAUCAAUUUUUCAAAGAUGGGAAUGAUAGCUCUGAAUAUUCUUGCUGAUGUUUUAUAUGAUCUAUUGAAACCAGAUAAACCAUAUCUUCGUUCAAGGUGUGAUUGUGAUAUAACAUAUUUGUACAGUGAGCACAGGAUUCUUAAUAAACACAUUCCUAGUAAUUCAUGGGGCGGUCCAUGGCAAAGAAUUCAGACUACAGACAUAGCUAUUGGAGAUGAUAUUGAGCGCAUAAGACUGACUAGAAACGAAUUACAACAUUCUAGAAUAUUUCAUCUUGAUGAUAAACGUUUUUAUGAAUUACGUAAUAUACUAAGUGACCUUUUAAAUCGGUUUGACCAACAUAACAAACCAACUAGGCUAUAUACAGAUCAUCUAAAUGAGAUUUUGGCUAAAACUAUUUCUGCAGAGGAAGUGAAAUCUAUUAAAAAUGAAAUAUUAGGAAUGGCUAUUGAAGUUGAAAUAGAAAACCAAAUCAAUGUUUCAACACAAUAGAAUAACAAGCUCAUCGUCACAUUUUGUAUAAACAGUUAUAUAUGUAUUUUACGAGCAAUACGUACACCACUAUAGCAAUAGAUUUACAGAAGACCGAUCAUUUAUGAUAAUAAUCGAUCAUCCUUAUUAAAAGAUGGUAUGCUGCUGAUAAAAAUAGAGUCACACAAAAAAAUGGCCAAGAUAAAAAUUAAAAAAAAGAGUGGACCAAAGAUGAAUGAUUUGACUAGAAUUCAAAAAUGAACCAAUAAUGAACUGUUUCAGUGUUAUUUUUAAACUGUAAAUACAUGCAGUAAAUACUGUGUCAACAUACUAUAAUAUGUAUACAUGUAUA